AUGCCCAGAUCAGUAGCUCUGUUCCGGUUCCGGAAAACAACCCGCCAUUUCAAGAGUUACCACGGGGACUGGUUCAAUGAGCUGAGGAACAAGCUCCUGCCCCGGCUCAGCCGCUCCCUCUCCUGCUCGGCCACUUCCCUAGACGAGCUCUUCGCCCACGUGGCCGCCCUCCUCUGCCACUUCCAGACCUACUACACCGCCCUUGACCGGGCAGCCACCCCAGAUCAGGUCCCCUUCCUUCUGAACCCACCAUGGCGGGGCCCCCUUGAGAAGGCAUUCCUCUUCCUCGGCGACCUUCACCCCUACCUCUUCACCAACCUCCUCCGCUCCUUCUUGGAUAAUGCUGAUGGGUACGGCGAUAGCUUCAAAGACUAUGAACUAGACGUGGAAAAGCAGUGGCAAAUGGAAACAGUUUGGAAGAACCCGAGCGAGUCCCUGAAGCCCAGAAUCGAGGAGAUUGAGCGGGGACUGAGACUGAUGGUCCCCGCCUUGCUUGGCCGCUUGAAGGCCGCCCAGAUGCGCUUCGUGGACUGUGUUGCUGCCAAGUGGCCGGAGAAUGACGGCAAUGAACGGGCUGCGGUAGUCAGAGUGGCGGCCGUAGCAGAGAUGGAGGAGCUAGCGAGGGUCUUCAAGGACGUGAAUCGACUGCGGCGCAGCACGAUCUCGGAGAUUGUCGCGGCCAUGACCACGUAUGAGGCGGCCUUGUUCCUCCAGGCCCUGGCCCAGUUUGUUGUUGGGCUCAGAAAUCUAGAUCUCGCCCAUAAGUCUGGACAGUAGCUCGUCGCCAAGGACUCUCUCUGUAGUCUCAUCUCAUCUAUCAGGCUGGGUCGAUUUAAUUAUUUGCGGUUUGCCAUGGCGGAGCGUCGGGUUUCGUUCUUUCGAGACUCGAAGACUCAAAUUCAAGACGGAGCCUCAUCAACCGAACGGGAGUGUGUUGACAAUUCGUACCGUCAAUUGAUCUGGAGGGAAUGCCACGCUCUUUCAUUGCGACUCGUUGUUGGCUAAAUUG